AAUUUCUCUCAGUUCGUGCGCGCGAAGGCACUUGAGAAGAUGUCGUCACCGAUCAUCAGCAUACGUGGCAUGCGACUAGAGGAUUUCGAGGAGGUGGAGGCAUUCCUCGAGCAACAUUUCUUCAAAGAGGAGCCCCUGAUGCUCACCCCACAAGAGGAUCAGGCUGCCGCGGCAGUCAUACCCGAAGAAUCGGAACUACAUUUAUCGCUCAUCCCGCAGGGCCUCUCGCUGGUGGCCAUCGAUGAGGCGAACGGCAAUCGCAUUGUUGGCGUUAUUUUGGCAGGCGCCCAAAAGCCCGAGGAAGUGGACCAGCACUACGCCGAGGCCCAGCAGCUGGAACCCACCUGUCUGCUGCAUCACAUACACAAAUUUCUCGCCGGCAUCGAAAAGAGCGCCAACUACUUUGAGCACUACGGCGUGGAGACGGCCCUGUAUCUGUAUAUUCUUGGCGUAGACUCGUCGGUGCGUCGCCAGGGCCUGGGCUCUCGUCUGGUCUCCGCUCUCAUCGAUUUGGGACGCAAGCAGGGCUUCCCCGCAAUGGUCUCCACCUGCACCAACCAGCACUCCACGCGCCUCAUGUCCACCCUGCAAAUGGAGUGCAUUCACUCGCAGAUCUAUGCGGAUUACAAAGAUGAUCAGGGCAGAGUGGUGCUACGACCGCCAGCACCGCACACGGUGGGCAGUGUCAUGGGCAUACGCCUCUAGCGGAGUCAAGCGAGUGAUGGCAGGGUACCAAAGAAUGUAUACACCGAAAACACAUGUAUUUUAUACACAAAUUAAUAGAUUAGAGAGCACUGUGAGUGGAAAUAAAGCUUAGUUAGACCAAUUUUACGGUA